UCAUUCUCGCUGACGAUACUGAACCUCCUCUAGUGGAUCAUGUCUACUCACCACCGUUCGACGAAGAGUGCGCCAUUUACACCAACAUGAUUGGCAAUGUCACCCUAUCCAACGACGGCGGUAUAAACAACUCCUCUGACCACAACAGUCUCUUGGAGAACGACUCCUCCCGCUCCUCUCCCCACGAAGUCCCUGAGCUCGAGGCCUACCUUUACUAUUUUGGUCUCCGGGGCCCCAGGCACCGGGGUCCCAAGUUGAUCUUUCGGACGUCCAAGGAUGUCUUCCCAGCGCCCUCGGGGCCAGAGCAACAUCCUCGUCACAUGAAGCUUCGGCCAGUUUAUGACCACCACAUACUUGGCAAGGGCGAUCUGUGGCCCACGAUUCGUUCUGAGGUUGUCAGACUUCUCGACCGGCGAAACAUCCAGUUCUCAUCUGUCGACCUUGUUCGUUUCAGCUGGGUCAAGCACAACGAGGAGAAUGAAGAUGAGGAAGAUGAGGAGGAGGACAAGGACGACGAGGAUGACCAGGAGAAUGAGGACGACAAGGAUGACCAGGAGAAUGAGGACGACGAGGACGAUCAGGAGAAUGAGGAUGACGAGGAUGACCAGGAGAAUGAGGACGACGAGGAUGACCAGGAGAAUGAGGACGACGAAGAUGACGGGACCGACGAGUAUGACCCCGACAUCGGGUUUUUGCCGCCCAGGACAGUGGUUACCACACCCGUCACGAUUUGGGUGGGAGUCUUGCCCGAUACUCUUACCGGCGAGGUGGCAUUCAAAUCUUCCAACGACAUCCUCGAUUUCCUCAAGGAGCACGGCAUUUCUGACGUCGAUGUUGCGUACCGUGAGUCAGUGGCUAAUGGUUCCAGUGGUCCUGAACUGUUCGCACCCGUCUGGGAUUUCGAUCCCCUCAAGGCCGUCAUCGAUCCCGUGACUACGUCACUUAGCCUGCCUAUUGCUGGCUUCGAGACGCUCUAUAGCCUGGGAAAAUUGGGUUUCUACUUCAAAGUGGGUCAAGAUCUGUACGCCGUCACCGCCCGCCACGUCCUGUUCCCUGAAAACGAAGGUAAUAAUGCAUACUCCUACGUCGCCGGGCCCAAGAAGGAGGUCGUCCUCAUGGGCAGCAAAGAUUUUAAUGACUUCCUCGCGUCUAUCCAGGACCAUAUCGACAUCAUGAACCACACGGUUGGUAUCUUGGAGCGGCGGGCUACGACGUUAACGGCUAGGGCGGAGGGCGAUGGCCCUACCGCUAAGCAGGCGGCAAAGGAGCUGGAGGUGACUCGACGCCAGCUGCCCAAGACACGAGAGACGAUUGAGGCGCUCAAGAAUUUCUUUGUGAAGAUGAAGACGGAGUGGACGAGCCCGAAGGACCGGAUCAUUGGACACGUCGUCUGGGCACCUCCCGUCAGUGUCCAUGCCUCCCCUCACAGUUAUACGUUGGAUGUUUGUGUCAUCGAGCUCGACAAGAAGAAGUUCUUGAAAAACUGCAGGGGCAACGUGCUCGACUUAGGCCCUGAGAUCGGCCCCGGCAAGUUUAUUAGCUUGAUGUACCCUCCCGUCGAUGCGUCGUCCGAUUUCGAUUACCCAGUCGACCGUCUCCUCAAGCUCCGAGGCAUUCUCUCUGCAGAGGAGAUUCGCACGCCGAAUAACCGAGACCGCGAAGGCGACCCCAUGCGAUACGUUAUAAAACGCGGUCUCACCACGCUCACCACGAUUGGCUGUUUGAAUGGAUUUGAGUCUCAUGUUCGCCGCUACUGCGCCCUGGGCAGCCGCGAUUCGGUGGAAGUAGCAGUCUACCCCUAUGAUACCGUCUCCGGUCCGUUCUCUAGGGGCGGGGACUCUGGAUCCAUCAUCGUCGACGCCCUCGGCAAGUUCGUCGCCCUCCUCACCGGUGGCACGGGACCAGCCUAUUCCUCCGAAAUCACGUUUGGGACACCAAUGCACUGGCUCUGGGACGUUAUCAAGACUCAGUUCCCCGGUGCUAACCUCUACUUCGAAGACGACAACGACUAGGUUCGUCGCUCCCUUCCGCCUCAUCCUCUCGUA